AACACCUCACGGGACACGCAGGGAGAGAGAGCUCGCGAUCUCACACGGCAGCGGGCGGUGACCGCCCUGUGCCCACCCCGCCCGAACAAGCGGACAUUAUAACGAAAGCCAAAGCAAAUAAACCGUGUUAGCAGCUUUCGGAGGAGAUUUCGCUGACGUCACAGCCCUCGCGAGAUUCGACGAGAGCGCUGCUAGAACCCAGCAGCAAGCAGCGCAGUGUCCGUACAAGAAGGAGGAGGCCGGGGAAGACAUGAUGAUGAUGGAGCCGCCGUUACCGCCAGCACCCUCACAGGACCCGCAGCAGCAACCGCCGCCACCGAGCAGGACCCACGAAGAGGAGGAGGACGAGGCAGCAGAGGUAGUAGAGAAGAUCCCGAGCCAGGUCACGAACGGGAGCCACGGGCCGAGCAGCGAAGCCCCGGCCGAGCUCAGCAAGUCUGCCCGCGGCCUGGUCAGGAUGUGCGACCUGCUCCUCAAGAAGAAGCAACAGCGACAGCGGAGACACCAGGGCAGCGACGCCUCGCCCACCGGGGCCCUGCUCCCCCCGGGACACAGCUGCAGGCAGAAAAGGAGCCGGAGCAGCCGCACCGCCAGCAGCAGCGACACCGACAAGAGCAGCGAGAGUGGCGGCAGCAGCAGCAGCCAGGAGGAGGAGGAGGAGGAAGAGGUGUCCGAGGUGGAGUCCUUCAUUUUGGACCAAGAUGAUUUGGAAAAUCCAAUGCUGGAAACUGCAUCCAAACUUCUUUUAUCAGGCACAGCUGAUGGUACAGAUCUAAGAACCGUAGAUCCCGAAACACAGGCUAGGCUGGAGGCUCUGCUUGAAGCUGCAGGAAUUGGUAAAUUAUCCACUGCUGAUGGUAAAGCAUUCGCAGAUCCUGAAGUACUUCGCCGAUUGACAUCCUCUGUCAGCUGUGCGUUGGAUGAAGCUGCUGCUGCACUUACCAGAAUGAGAGCUGAGAGCACCUCAAAUGCAGGGCAGACGGACAACCGCAGUUUGGCAGAAGCUUGCUCAGAAGGGGAUGUGAACGCUGUGCGGAAGUUACUCAUUGAAGGGCGCAGUGUGAAUGAACACACAGAAGAAGGGGAGUCCCUCCUCUGCCUCGCCUGUUCAGCUGGUUAUUAUGAACUUGCGCAGGUUCUUCUGGCUAUGCAUGCGAAUGUUGAAGAUCGAGGAAUUAAAGGAGACAUAACGCCUUUAAUGGCUGCUGCUAAUGGGGGACAUGUUGAAAUUGUGAAACUGCUGCUAGCCCAUGAUGCUGAUGUUAAUUCCCAAUCAUCCACAGGAAACACAGCACUUACGUAUGCCUGUGCUGGCGGGUAUGUAGAUGUUGUUAAAGUGCUGCUGGAAUCAGGUGCUAGUAUUGAGGACCACAACGAGAAUGGUCACACGCCGCUUAUGGAGGCAGGGAGUGCUGGGCAUGUGGAAGUAGCCAGAGUUCUUCUGGAGAAUGGAGCAGGAAUCAAUACUCAUUCCAAUGAAUUUAAGGAAAGCGCACUUACUCUGGCAUGCUAUAAAGGGCAUUUAGAGAUGGUAAGGUUCUUGUUGGAAGCUGGAGCUGAUCAGGAACACAAGACAGAUGAAAUGCAUACUGCCUUAAUGGAAGCCUGCAUGGACGGCCAUGUAGAGGUUGCUCGGCUGCUUCUUGACAGUGGAGCGCAGGUAAAUAUGCCAGCUGACUCUUUUGAGUCCCCUUUGACCCUGGCAGCUUGUGGUGGUCAUGUAGAGCUGGCAGCCUUACUUAUUGAGCGUGGUGCUAAUUUGGAAGAAGUGAACGAUGAAGGCUACACACCUCUAAUGGAAGCAGCUAGAGAAGGACAUGAAGAAAUGGUAGCAUUACUGUUGGGGCAAGGAGCAAACAUCAAUGCUCAGACAGAGGAGACUCAGGAAACUGCCCUCACAUUGGCAUGUUGUGGUGGCUUUUUGGAGGUUGCAGACUUCUUAAUCAAAGCUGGAGCAGACAUUGAGCUUGGGUGCUCUACUCCCUUGAUGGAAGCUGCUCAAGAAGGUCAUCUAGAGUUGGUCAAAUACUUGCUUGCAGCAGGUGCUAAUGUACAUGCAACAACUGCCACGGGUGAUACAGCUCUUACAUAUGCUUGUGAAAAUGGUCAUACUGAUGUUGCAGAUGUGUUACUACAGGCUGGAGCAGACUUGGAACAUGAGUCUGAAGGGGGAAGGACUCCUUUAAUGAAAGCAGCUAGAGCUGGUCAUGUCUGCACUGUUCAAUUUCUCAUAAGCAAAGGUGCAAAUGUGAAUAGGACGACGCUGAACAAUGACCAUACAGUGCUCUCUCUUGCCUGUGCUGGGGGGCAUUUGGCUGUGGUAGAGUUGCUUUUGGCUCAUGGGGCUGAUCCCACACACAGAUUAAAGGAUGGGUCUACAAUGCUUAUUGAAGCUGCAAAAGGUGGUCACACUAGUGUGGUUUGCUACUUGUUGGAUUACCCCAAUAACCUUCUUUCUGCACCUCCACCUGAUGUGACACAGUUCACACCACCCUCCCAUGAUUUAAACCGGGCUCCUCGUGUACCAAUGCAGGCACUGCCAAUGGUCGUCCCACCCCAGGAACCAGACAAACCCCCUGCUAGUGUCGCUACAAGCCUUCCCAUCAGAAACAAAGCUGCUUCUAAGCAGAAGUCCAGUGGCCAUGUGCCAGAAGGUGGCCAGGAUGCGCAGGGGUACAUCAGCAGUCAGUCUCCAGAGAGCAUUGUAGAAGAAGCUCAGGGGAAGCUGACAGAAUUGGAGCAGAGAAUCAAAGAAGCCAUUGAAAAGAAUGCCCAGCUGCAGUCACUGGAGCUGGCCCAUGCUGACCAGCUAACCAAGGAGAAGAUUGAGGAACUAAACAAAACCCGUGAAGAGCAGAUCCAAAAGAAACAAAAGAUUUUGGAAGAGCUGCAAAAGGUUGAAAGGGAACUACAGCUAAAGACCCAGCAACAGCUUAAAAAGCAGUACCUUGAGGUGAAGGCGCAGAGAAUCCAGCUUCAGCAACAACAGCAACAACAAUCCUGCCAGCAUUUGGGACUCUUGACCCCCGUAGGGGAAGAGAUCACAGAGGUAGACUAUACCCAUUUACAGCAGGUUGACACUAUCCUGCUCAAAGAUGACUCUCAGCAGACCGCAGUACAGAUGGGCUUUUCUCCUAUGCAGCCUCUGGCAAUUCCGCAAGCUUUGCCUUUGGCAGCGGGUACCCUUUCCCCUGGACCCAUUGCAAAUCUUGCAGACCUUCAAGGAGUUAUAGUGGGACAGCAAGAACUGGGUCAAGCACAGCUAUCAGGUCUGGGACCUACAGUCAUGUCAGAAACACAAGAAGGGUUAAUGGUAGCCAGCCCUGCUCAGACACUCACUGAUACUCUGGAUGACAUCAUGGCAGCAGUGAGUGGAAGAACAUCUGCAAUCUCAAACACUCCUACCCACAGCAUUGCAACUUCUAUAUCCCAACCUCAGACGCCAACUCCAAGCCCCAUCAUUUCUCCUUCAGCCAUGCUGCCUAUCUACCCAUCCAUAGAUAUUGAUGCACAGACUGAAAGUAAUCAUGAUACAGCUCUAACUCUUGCCUGUGCCGGUGGCCAUGAAGAACUUGUGCAGACCCUUUUGGAAAGAGGAGCUAACAUUGAGCACAGAGACAAAAAAGGUUUUACUCCAUUGAUUUUAGCGGCUACUGCUGGUCAUGUUGGUGUGGUGGAAAUCUUGUUAGACAAUGGUGCUGACAUUGAAGCUCAAUCUGAGAGGACCAAAGACACACCACUAUCUCUGGCUUGCUCUGGUGGCAGACAAGAGGUGGUGGAAUUGCUGCUGGCUCGCGGAGCAAAUAAAGAGCAUAGAAAUGUUUCUGACUACACACCGUUAAGUUUGGCUGCAUCUGGUGGUUAUGUAAACAUUAUAAAAAUAUUGCUAAAUGCUGGAGCUGAAAUAAAUUCAAGAACUGGUAGCAAGUUGGGAAUCUCUCCUUUGAUGUUGGCUGCAAUGAAUGGUCACACUGCUGCUGUAAAGCUUCUCCUUGAUAUGGGCUCAGACAUAAAUGCCCAAAUAGAGACCAAUCGUAACACUGCACUUACACUGGCCUGUUUCCAAGGGAGAACUGAAGUUGUUAGUUUGCUUCUUGACCGGAAAGCUAACGUGGAACACAGAGCUAAGACUGGUCUCACUCCUUUAAUGGAAGCAGCCUCAGGUGGUUAUGCAGAAGUAGGAAGAGUUCUGCUUGAUAAAGGUGCAGAUGUCAAUGCUCCUCCUGUACCAUCUUCACGAGAUACAGCUCUGACAAUUGCAGCAGAUAAGGGUCACUACAAAUUCUGUGAGCUUCUCAUCAGCAGGGGUGCACACAUUGAUGUGCGCAACAAGAAGGGCAACACUCCACUGUGGUUGGCAGCAAAUGGAGGGCAUUUGGAUGUUGUUCAGCUGUUGGUUCAAGCUGGAGCUGAUGUAGAUGCUGCAGACAACAGAAAGAUAACUCCUCUUAUGGCUGCAUUUAGAAAGGGCCAUGUUAAGGUGGUGCGCUAUCUUGUGAAAGAAGUAAACCAGUUUCCAUCAGAUUCGGAGUGUAUGAGAUACAUUGCAACAAUUACUGACAAGGAGAUGUUGAAGAAAUGCCACCUUUGUAUGGAAUCAAUUGUUCAAGCCAAAGACAGACAGGCUGCUGAAGCAAACAAAAAUGCCAGUAUUCUUUUGGAGGAACUUGAUCUGGAAAAGUUGAGAGAAGAAAGCCGAAGACUGGCAUUGGCUGCAAAGCGAGAGAAAAGAAAGGAAAAGAGGCGAAAGAAGAAAGAGGAGCAGAGAAGAAAACUUGAAGAAAUUGAAGCGAAAAACAAGGAGAACUUUGAGUUACAAGCUGCUCUUGAGAAAGAAAAGCAAAAGGUUGAAGAUGAACCCCAAGUCUUAACUGAGCCGCCUAGUGCAACUACAACCACCACUAUUGGUAUAUCUGCCACAUGGACCACGUUGGCUGGCUCACAUGGAAAAAGAAACAAUACAAUAACAACGAACAGCACGAAGCGGAAAAGUCGGAAAAGCAAAAUUUCAUCUGAAAAUGUGCAGAUAAUAUUUGAAGAUCAACUCCCAAUAGCAUAUGGGCAACAAGAAAAGCUUAAUGGAGAGUCCAAGAGCAGCAGCACUAGUGAAAGUGGAGACAGUGACAACAUGAGAAUCUCCAGUUGUAGUGAUGAGAGCAGUAACAGCAGCAAUAAGAGUGACAAUCAUUCUUCCAAUAUUGAUAGUCUACAGAGCAAAAAGAAACCUUCUGUUCUUGUCACUUCUCCUAAGGAAGAAAGAAAAAUUACUGCUAAAACGUCCAUAAAAUUACCUGAAUCAAUUGGUGAAGCAACAUGUAAUUCGUUGUCCACAAACUCAAAGUCUGGGCCAUCACCACUCUCGUCUCCCAAUGGAAAGCUAACCAUAGCUAGUCCUAAAAGAGGCCAGAAGAGAGAAGAGGGCUGGAAAGAAGUAGUUAGACGGUCAAAGAAAGUUUCAGUACCUCCUACAGUCAUUUCACGAGUUAUUGGAAGAGGUGGCUGUAACAUCAAUGCUAUCAGAGAAUUUACAGGAGCACAUAUCGACAUUGAUAAACAGAAGAACAAAACUGGUGACAGAAUAAUAACAAUCAGAGGUGGAACAGAAUCCACUCGACAAGCAACUCAUCUAAUUAAUGCACUCAUUAAAGACCCUGAUAAAGAAAUUGAUGAACUUAUCCCAAAGAACCGCUUAAAAAGUUCCUCUGCAAAUGCGAAAACAGCAUCUUCAACUUCUACCAUUUCUUCUGUAAACAGUUCAGUUAUGGGUAUUAAAGUCACUGCUGUCACAGUGUCCCCAACAUCACAAGCUGCCUCUGCCCUCUCUGUGCCAGCCAUUACUUCAGCAUCUGCUCAUAAGCCCUUGAAAAACCCAGUGAAUAAUGUGCGACCCGGAUUUCCAGUUUCUCUUCCUUUGGCUUAUCCUCCACCGCAGUUUGCCCAUGCAUUACUUGCAGCUCAGACUUUUCAGCAGAUCCGUCCACCUCGAUUGCCCAUGACGCACUUUGGAAGUACUUUCCCUUCUGCACAGUCCACCUGGGGCCCGUUUCCUGUCAGACCACUCAGCCCCGCAAGAGCUACUAACUCUCCUAAAUCUCACGUGAUGCCUCGCCAUACUACACAAAAUAUCAGUAGCCCUCAGGUGAUCCAUGGAGUCCCUUCUAGUAGCCCAGCUGUUACCACAAACUCUGCAGCCACAAGUGUGCCUGUCUCAUCUACAAGUGGGAGCCUCAGUUCACCCUCAGCCAGAAGACAACUCUUUGUCACUGUAGUGAAAACCUCUAAUGCCACAGCAACCACAGUUACCACAACUGCAAGCAACCACAUCACUACACCAACAGCCUCCACCUGCCCUGUCCCCACUGCCAAAGAACACCGGCCUGCAUCAUCACCUUCAUCCCCAUCACCACCAUCCUUACCUGGAGGGGGAUCUAGAAGCAGCCCCUCUGAUUGCCUGACAUGCUCUCCAAACAAAGGGACCUCACUUUCCUCUGAACAGGACAUGGUUAACCAGCCUGUCAUGGAGUCACCUAGCUCAGGCAACAGUAAGCAAGCGAGCUCUACCUCUGGGAGUACCCAAAUACAUCCAGCACAUCAGCAUACUUCAAAUUCUGUUUCUCAUGAUUCCCGACCUCCAGUAAUGCAAACACCAGCUCCCCCACCUCCAGACCCAAGGAUGACAUCAUCCCUCAAUUUAGCAGUUAGUGGUUCCUCUCACCAGGCUGCUACAUCUAACAUCUCUUCAUCGUAUUCCUUAUCCCAACCAUCUAUGGUGUCUACUCAGUCUGCUGCUAAGAUUGAAAACUCUGCAGUUAGACCUCACUUACAUGGAGCUAAUCCUGCUCACAAGAAUCAAGUUCCUGUACAAAGUUCCUCUGUCUCUGGCCUCGUUUCACAUUCAAAUAUGAAACGACCCCAAAAUGUGCAGUCUUCUGGUCCACACAAUAUAAGUACACAAAAUGCUGCUCAAAAUUCUGGUCAUCCCUCAAGUAAACCUAUGGGCCCUAACUUCAGUUCAGCUUUACCAUUCAGUCCAUUUAGCACAUUAUUUGAAAACAACCCAAACCCGCCUCAUCCUUUUUGGGGUGGCUCCAUGGUUACUAAUCAAUCCGCUCAAGAUUCCAUGCUCUCCAAUCAGUCUUCAUAUUUGCCAAAUCCUGAUUCAAUGCUUCCAUCGGAUACUUCCAAAGCCCCUGGUUUCAGGCCACCAAUGCAGAGGCCUCCUCCAAGUCAAUCAGGUAUUGUGAAUAUGGAUUCAUCUUACACGUCUGCAGCAUCAUCCUCUGCCCAUCUGGGUUCCUAUGCCUCUCUUUCUGGAAGUCAAAUGUAUGCACCUGGGGGAGCACCUGCUGCUGCAAAUUUCAACAGACAACAUUUUUCUCCUCUUAGUUUAUUGACCCCAUGUUCAUCGGCAUCUAGUGACUCCUCAGCCCAGACUGUAUCUGCUGCUGUACGAGCACAGUCUCCUUCCCCAUCAGGAGUACCUAUGGUAUCUGAGAAACCCAAUUCGGUGCCUCAUGACAGAAAAGUUCCUGUGCCAAUUGGAACAGAGCGGUCAGCAAGAAUACGGCAAACUGGGACCUCUACACCAUCUGUAAUUGGGAGCAACUUGGCAGCGUCAGUGGGUCACAGUGGCAUCUGGUCUUUUGAAGGCAUGGGAGGUAGCCAAGAUAAAGUUUCAGAUUGGUGCCACACAGGAAUGAGUAAUCACAUGAUGCACAGGCCCAUGUCAGAUCCAGGAGUGUUUUCACAGCAUCAAGGAAUGGAAAGAGAUAACUCCGGCAUUGUACCUGCAUCAGGAGCCUACCAUCAACAUGUUCCAACUGGUUACAUGGAUUUUCCUAAAGUCGGGGGCAUGCCUUUCUCAAUGUAUGGAAAUGCCAUGAUGCCUCCUGUAGCUCAAAUGCCAGAUGGAACAGGCGGACCUAUUUUCAAUGGACCUCAUGCUGCUGAUCCUUCUUGGAAUUCACUUAUAAAGAUGGUUUCCAACUCAACAGAGAAUGGGCCUCAAACUGUAUGGACUGGAACCUGGGCUCCUCACAUGAACAGUGUGCACAUGAACCAGAUGGGCUGAAUUGGAUUCUCUAGCAUGGAAAAUCCUAAAGUGAGGGAGGGAGGGGAGGGACAAAACUUUCAUCCCACAGAGGCAAAAAGAUGACAUGCUCACAGAUCAUUCUACUGAUGUGCUUGACUGAAGUGUGUAGGCUUUUUGCAGAAGAAAUUACUAACUGACCUUUUUCUGUGACCGUUGUGACCACCCAGUCCCAUCAACAUAAAUCUCACUAGUUAUCCCUUUCUUUUUCUUUUUUCUUCCUCCUUUUUUUGUUUUGUUUAUGGACAUAACUUUUUCUUUCUUUCUUUCCUUUUUUUUUCUCUUUUUUCCUUGAAGCUGUUUGGCUGGUUGGUUUUAGUACUGUAAACUGCUUCGAGCAAACACCGAAAAAUUAGCAAAAUUAUGUAACUGAUUCUGAUGUUUUAGAAUGGCAAAUAAAUGUACAAUUGUUUACAUAACAGAAAUGGCUAAGCAGAGAAUUCAAUAUGUCAGUAUAGAGGCUCUACAGUAUGUAGACUUAAAUUAAUGUGAGAUGUACCUUCAUAUUCAGAAAUCUGGAUGUUUCCUUCAUACAUUAAACUAUUAAUAAGCAUUA